AUGAUCCCUCUACGGUCCGCCAUAUCCAGGGCGGGGGCUCGCCGAGAGGCAUUGGCGUGCUUGCAAUGUCCGAAGAUCGCACGGACGAAGUCUCCAUCCGCCGUUCGGGGAUUUCUGACAUCCUCAAAUCGGAAGACCGGCAUCGCGCAUCAAUCCUCAACUUUUCAGACGGCCUAUUUCUCCCCCAAUCGACUGUUCGACAGCUUGAAACCCAUUGGGGGGAGGAGGCGAAGAAAGGCAUCAGGACCUGAAGAUGUACCAGAGGAGCACGUUAUCCCUCCCGAUGCGUCGGCGCAGCUGUCAGCGUUCUCCUCGGCCCUCCCCACCACCUCGCUGCGCCGCAAAUUGGCCGCGUUCCUCGCCCUCACAAAACCUCGUCUCUCAUUUCUCAUCCUUCUCACCACUACCUCCGCAUACGGCAUGUAUCCGAUUUCGAAUCUCUUGACGCUCGACCCGGCGAUGACUCCUCUCCCAACACUCUCCACCUCCACCUUGACCUUUAUCUACUUGACCACCGGCACGUUUCUCUCGUGCUGCAGUGCCAAUACCCUCAACAUGGUGUUCGAGCCAAAGUAUGACGCCUUGAUGUCGCGGACCCGGAACCGCCCUCUCGUUCGAAAACUUGUUUCCCGCCGGGCCGCGGUUCUUUUCGCUGCUGGCACUGCAGUUCUGGGUCUCGGGCUCUUGUACGUGGGAACCAACCCAACCACGACAGCCCUGUCGGCGGCAAACAUUGCCCUCUAUGCAUUUAUAUACACCCCACUCAAGCGAGUUUCUGUCAUAAACACCUGGGUCGGUGCCAUUGUUGGUGGUAUCCCACCUCUUAUGGGUUGGGUGGCUGCUGCUGGACAGACUGCAGCUUUAGGCCAAGAUACUUGGCGCGACAUGCUUUUCAGCGAGCAGAGUAUUGGUGGCUGGCUGCUGGGAGGCAUUCUGUUUGCAUGGCAAUUCCCUCAUUUCAACGCCCUUUCGCAUACUAUCCGCGAAGAAUACAAGGCGGCUGGGUAUAGGAUGCUUGCGUGGACAAACCCAGCCCAGAAUGCUCGCGUUGCAUUGCGAUAUUCUCUCAUCAUGUUUCCUCUCUCUAUCGGGCUCUGGUGGGUUGGCGUUGUGGGCCAUGGCUUCUUGGUUGGAAGCACUCUUGCAAACGGCUGGCUGGCACGUGAGGCCUAUCGCUUCUGGCGACACCAGGGUGCCCACGGCACCGCCCGGGGUCUCUUCUGGGCUAGUAUUUGGCAAUUGCCUAUCCUCCUCGUAGGCGGACUGGUUACAAAGAAGGGCCUUUGGGAUGGCGUCUGGCGACAGGCAUUUGGUCAGCCCGAGGACGAAGAGGACGAUGAGUACUUGUACUAUGAAGACGAAGAGGAAAUCCGCGCAGAACCUCAACAAAGACCUCGAUCGGGAUCCGCCAAGCCAAGUACUCUGUCUACUGCGUAA